UCGCUCCGUCGUUCUGGCCGAUCAGAAAUUUUAUAAAUGCCGCCGUCAGUCCAGAGCCAAUUUACAGUUUGCCAUUGAACCUGGUCGGGCGUUCGCCAAAUAAUCGAACGGGUGAAUUUCGUAGUGCCUCUUAGAGAUCGAUCCAAAAUGAUGCUGCUGCUCCAACUGGGCUCUGUGGCCCUGCUCUUCUGCUUGGCCAGUGGUGCCUCCAAUUUCCCUCCCGAGCUGCCCCGUUGUCGGAUGGGCGACACCAGCUGCAUCAUCAACGUGUCCCACAUGCUGAUCCGUCAGUACGCAAAGACUGGCUAUCCGGCGGCUGGGUUCCCCCAGGUGGAACCCUUCCUGAUCAAGCGCUUCGACAUCUCCGACGGACGCACUGGCUCCCUCAACCUCAAGCUCAACUUCAAGGAUGUGAAUGUGGAGGGCCUGUCGGGAGUGAAGUUCGAUAGAGCUGUUGGCUUUGGCUCAGAUCCUGCAACCAGCAAGUUUGAGAUGUACGGAUCCUUCCCCAAGAUCGUUCUGAAGGGCAAGUACGUGGCGGAUGGACGCAUCCUAAUCCUGCCCAUUCGUGGCGAUGGCGAUGCCGAGAUCGUCCUGCACAAUCCAAAGUUCUCGGUGAAGUUCAAGCCGGGCACCCAGUUGCGCAAUGGCCGCAAUUUCCUAAGCGUGGACAAGCUCAAGGUGCUCGUGGAGCCACAAAAGAUGAACAUCCGACUGGAGAACCUCUUCAACGGCGACCAGGCCUUGGGAGCCAACCUGAACCAGUUCCUCAACGACAACUGGACGGAGGUGUGGAACGAGCUGCAUCCGUCCAUCCACGUAGCCAUCGCCGAGAUCAUGAAGAGCAUCCUGACGCAGCUGUUCAAGCGGUUCGCCUACGAGGAUCUGUUCCUGGAGAACCGUUACUUGGUUGUUGUAAGCUGUGUGAUACAUCAAUUAGCUGAGUCAGUUUUGAAUGUUACUUUGUAUGUAAUGAAGAUAGCACGAAUUACACUAAAUUAUAGAAGCGUAAAGAUGUUCGGGAUCGCGUUGGCAAUUGUUCUCUCUUUAUCCGUGUCGGUGCAAGCAAAAUUCCCUGACGAUCCUAAACCCUGUAAGUACGGGGAUGGCGAGUGUAUCAUAAAACUGUGCAACACACUAUUUAGUGAGAGAUCUUCGGAUGUGGAUCCUGGUCUAAACCUGAUGCGCUUAGAUCCUCUGAAGGUGGACAAGCUUGUGAUAAGCCAGGGAGAGGAUGCCAGUCCCGUGGGCAUAACUCUUACUUUUACCGAUAAUUUGCUGUACGGCAUCAAGGAUCAAAGGAUAGUUAAAGUGAAGGGAUUCGGAAAGGAUCUCACCGCAAAGCACGAAGUGAGGAUCGUCGCGAAAACGUUCUCUCUGGUGGGACCCUAUAAAAUCAACGGCAAGGUACUCAUUCUACCAAUCAGCGGCACAGGAAAAAGUAACAUGACCAUGGCUAACGUCAAAUCAAUCGUCACCUUCUCGGGCAAACCGUUGGAGAAGAACGGGGAGAUCUAUUUGGACGUUACCAACUUCAAAAUAACAAUGAAGCCGGAGUCCACCCACUACCACUUUUCGAAUCUGUUCAAUGGGGACAAGGCGCUGGGCGAUAAUAUGAAUGUCUUCCUGAACGAGAAUUCGGAGGCCAUUUAUAAGGAGACGGCCUCAGCAAUUGAUAGGUCCUUCAGUCAGCUCUACAUGGGAAUCGUAAAAGGCGUGUUCUCCAAGGUGCCGUAUGCCAAUCUUUUUGCCGAGGAGUAGCCAAUGUGAUAUUCGUUUUUAAAUUAGGUAAAAGAACACUUGUUGAUACUUAUCGCAAACUCUAGCUCAGGUUGUUUGCGCACUAACAGAUUAACAUAGGUUUUAGCGUUAGCAAUUAUCAUUCGAUUUAAUGAGGGUCACGAGUUCAUUUAGAACGUUAGAACAAGUAGGGAAAUGCUAAAUUACUAUUUAACUAUCUAAGCGAAAUCUUCCGUAAAUAAAGCGAAAUUUUGCUGCAAUAAAGUUUAUAUGGCUAACACUUUUUGACACAAGGCGCCAAGUGUUCUUCCUCUUCAUGAACAUGAGUCAUAAUUUUCCUGAGCUGGGUAUACUAAUUUUAUAUUAUUUUUAUAAAACAGUCUUUUUCUUAAUAAUAAAGGCCCGCCUGAAA